AUGCCGAUGCCGAUGCCGAUGCCGAUGCCGCCCCCCUACACGGUAGAAUAUGCUUCUCUCGGUCCCGUUCGGUCGGUCAGACGGCGGUUGGUUUCCUCUCGUCGCAGCCCGGAGUUUCUUCUUCCAAGGGUGAUUCCAAAGAGAACGCUCUGUGACGUAACGUGAUGAGCUGCGCGGUGCGGCUGCUGCGCACGUCCUUUUCAAGCUAACCUGCCCCCCGGCCAGCUGAGAGGAGGCAGGCCUGUUCAUCAAACACCCCGCUCGUGGUGGGCGUUGUGAUGCCAUCGAAUCGAUGUGCUGGCAUUCCCAUCGUGCUUGGUUUGGUGCCUUUCCUGACCGUCGGCUGGCUGCAGUUGGAGGCGGUCGGUUCAGCAAGGCGUCAUCGGAGGAAACUCGAGCCAGGGAGAGGUGCAUAGCCAAGUAUCGAGCGUUUCGCCGUCGGUGUUAUAUGUGCUCGCUCCCGUACAUGUCGACAUAACCGUUUCUCGAGGUAAAUAGCGUACGUAGAAUCGGGGAUUUCCUAGACUUUAUGUUACCAUGUGCGUGUUUUUCCGAUAAAACUGUAAUCCAUAUUUACUAGGGACCAAGAUUUCGACGGAAAUGUAAACCCCUUGAUUCGGAGUACAGUUUUUCGGAAAUGGUUCCCUCCGAUCGGACCUUACCGGGAGAAUAGCUUCGGGUUUUGGGUCGACACCUACUUUUUUUUUGCUUUCUUUUUCUCUCUUUUACUGCUGUGUGUUUUUCUACUUCAGCCCCUUAUUAGUAUCAUUUUCUCUUCUUGUGGUCGCUGGCGAAUCGCACGAUUUCUUGUAUUUGGUGCGGCUCCAUGUUUUAUAUACCUUCCUGCGGUUGUUUGGGGACGUGCCGCAGAAGCUACGUAUCAUGCUAGUCAGUGCCACUCACAUGUUUUUAGAGGUUAGGUAGGUACGGAACGCCAUGUUCUGAAGAUUUUCAGCUGUGUGUGUCGCUGAGGGGAUCGUUUUUCGUGUUGUUUUGGUGUGUGAUAGGAUAGCAACAACGACUGGGUGGUACGUCGGUGGCGGGGCAUCGACACCGCACACCGGCCUAUACCUAUCUGCCUC